CAAAAACUUUUCCCAUGGACCCUGUGUCUUCUUUUUUUGUUUCUAGUUCUCUCUCACUCGCCCAGAGACUUCAGCUAUCAAACAUGGUUUAUUACGGUGUUGUGAGCAAAGGCUGCCAGCGCUGCCGGCAGCGAAAGAUCAAGUGUGAUCAGCGCAAACCGGAGUGUACGAGAUGUCACAAGUCCGGUCUUCCGUGUCCCGGCUACCGAGACCUGAAUGAGGUAAUCUUUCGAGACGAGUCCAGUCGGAUUAUUCGGAUAUCCCGCAAGGGGGAGAGAAAGCAGACCGGUCCUGCCUUAUCUCCGUCGGCUGCCAACCCUCUGCCGGCUUCACUCACCAGUCCCGCCGACGAGGUUGGUGCAAACUUCUUUUUCGCCAAAUACGUUUUUCACCAAGACCCGUUUUCCACAAGCUCGGGCUAUCAAGAUUGGCUAGCUACCGCUUACCGUCAUCAUGAUGGUCGUUUUGCACCUCUUCGAGCAGCCGUCGAGGCGGCAGGUCUGGCAGGUCUCUCCAACAUCAAUCCUUCGCCUCAACUCUCGGUCCAAUCCCGGCAGCAGUAUCGACAUGCCCUUACCGCCGUCAAGGAGGCUCUGAGUAACCCAUCCCAAGCGGCUGACGACGCCACCCUCAUGGCCGUCAUCUUGCUCGGACUCUACGAGAUGAUCAACUUUGACACGUGGGAUCGAUAUCACAGUUGGACAACCCACAUCCAGGGUGCCACAGCCUUGUUGGAUCUGCGAGGUCAAGAGCAAUUUACUCGGGAGCGCGGAGGGCAACUCUACGUGCAGAUCCGGCCUCAAAUACUCCUCGCAUGCAUGAAGCAGCGGGUCGCUGUCCCGCCUGCCCUCGUGACAGCAACGUACAACUUCCAGUCGAGCGGCAUCAGGGAGCAGCUGCACCAGCGGGAGACGCGGAAUCCAGCUUCGAUAUGCGAGAUUUCCUUCCGGGUCGUCAACCUUCGAGCAGCCGUCAAGCACGGAACUUUAAGUCAAGAGGCUAUUCUUCAGAGCGCGUUGGAUAUCGAUGCAGAUCUCAAAACAUGGAGGGAGGGGCUUCCUUUUUCGUGGGAGUACUGCACCUCUGACGACAGCACCGGCUUCAACGGGAAGCGCCACCAAUACGGAAGUCUGUCGAUGGCAAAGGUGUGGAACAAUUGGAGGACGCUGUGCAUCCUGGUUGGAAGGAUUGUGGUGCAGAACAAAGUGUGCGCAGUUGAAAGGAAGGCCACGACGCUCAGAUGGAUCCAUGAGCUGAUGGCGGACGUGUGCAUCUCGGCUUCGAGCGUUGGGGAGGACGGGUUUGCUCUUUCUCUUGUUCAACCAUUACACAUCAUCGCCAUACAAUCGCUUGCCCCGCUCGACACACGGAGGUUUGCUGUCGAGAAGCUGAGAAGCAUUGGGGUGUUGACUGGUGUUCGGAUUGCAGUUUUGCUUGCCAAUGACAUUGCCAGGAGACUCAAAGAACAGUCUUUUGAAGGGGGAUGA